UCGUUUCCCUGGGCAUGCCGCUAUCAUGAGGGAUCACAGCAGGAUCUAGUUUGCAGGUUCCGGUACAGACAGUGUUCACCCAAUCUCCGUUGCAGGUUGCAGCUACCACGUAGCCUGCUGUCUCGCAGUCUGUACAGCCGCAGGGUACACAGCCCCAACAGCUAGCACAACAACUUGUGUCACAGGGUCCACAGCCCAGAGUGAUGCAGGGACCGGGACAAACACAGUGGGUGACAAAGACGGCCAUCGCCGCUCAGAAACCCUUCACAGGGGAUAAGAGAGGUGAAGACCUCGACACGUGGUUCUGGGCAGUGCCUGUCUAUGUUAGGUGUACACUUACCUUGCCACAUGAAGAAGUGCUUGUGGCUGCCUCCUACCUAGAGGGUAGUGCAACAAAAUGGUUGAGUGGUUUAGUGCAGCCCCAGGGGUAUGGUCAUGACUUCCGCGCUUGGGCGAUCACCCAAAAAUUGGAUGACUUCCUUAAGCUGGUGGAGGAAAGGUGGCAUGAUCCUCAGGAGGCCCAAAGGGCCACUGACGCGAUCCUGACACUGCACACGCGACAGUUCAAGUCGGUAAGGGAAGCCACCGACGUUGUUGAGUGUCUGAUCUGUGUCCCAGGUGUGCGCUAUGACCCCCAGGUACUACUCACCUCCUACCUGAGAUGCUUCUCUUUGCCUCUCAGGAACCGGUUGGCAGGUGAGGCCAACAUCAAUCUGCACAACUUUCCUUCGUUUCUCAAGAAGGCCCUAGACCUUGAGGCGAAGAUAGGGCAUGGACUGGCACCCACUACAGACGGAAGGAAGAAGACACUGCCUCCUAACUGGAAGGCGAAGGGGCGCAUUAUGUUUGUCGAUAACGAUGGUUCUACCAUCGAGUUAGAUGACAACUUCCAGGAAGGAGUAGGUGCAGAGGCAGGCAUCGUAGAAGCUUCAGGGGGUGGAGUAGUCGAUGUUGUAACUCAGAAAGAUUUCUCUGGUGCGCUGAUCACUGAGUUUGGGCUUGCGGACAAUGUUACUCAGUCCAUGGUGGAAGCCUAUUGUGAGGAUUCGUUCAUGCCGGAGAUCAUCCGCAGACUCGAAGCGAAGGACAAAGUGACUUCUGCUGAGUUUGAGUUGGUCAACGGCUUGCUGUUCCUCGAGAAGACUGGGAAUAAACGUAUGUGUGUCCCGAAUAGCGAGUCUUUGCGUAGUUUGUUUUUAGGAGAGUGUCUUGAUGCCACCGACCAUUUUGGGUACAAGAAGACCGCAGCCAAUCUCCUGCAGCGGUUCUGGUGGCCCACGAUGAUGCGAGAUGCCCAGUUGUACGUGGAGACUUGUCAAGUAUGUCAGAGGGACAAGCCACGUACCCAGGCUCCUCUUGGGCUCCCGAAGCCCCUUCCGAUUCCGGAAAGGCCUGGUGAGAGUUUGUCCAUGGACUCCAUGGAUACGCUGGUCACCAGCAAGAGUGGGAUGAGACACAUCUUCGUUAUCGUGGAUAAAUUUAGUAAGUAUGCUAGGUUAGUAGCAAUGCCGGAAACAACUAGGACGGAGUAUGUGAUCAGAAUGUUCAAAGAGAACUGGGUUAGGGACUUUGGGUUACCAAAGUCUAUUAUUAGUGACAGGGAUGUCCGAUUUACCAGCGAAUUGUGGAAGGCCGCUGCUGCAGAGCAGGGAACCCAAUUGCAAAUGACUUCUGGAAAUCACCCAGAGGCCAACGGCCAGGCCGAGCAACUGAACCGCGCUGUUGGGGACAGAGUAUGGGUUAAGUCCUCAGAACUGGGACAGGAGCACGGGAUCUCCCGCAAGCUCAUGCCACAGUACUUUGGACCAUGGGAAGUCUUAGAUAUUGUUGGGACUGAUUCCGAUGGACCUUCUUACGUAGUCCGGAUCCCUGGUCAUCUUCGCACUUACCCUGUCUUUCACACCUCCAAGCUUGCACCGUUCAAAGAAACAGAUCAGUUUCCAUCUUGCCGCUCAAUGCUGCCCCCAACCAUGGAUGGAGAGGUGGAUAUCGACGAUAUCGUGGACCACAGGGAGAUGCCAGUGGCAAGACCAACAGGCAGGGGACGUCCUCCUAAACCGAAGCUGCAGUACCGCGUUCGGUUCCGGCAUCACACUGAUCCGAAGGAGGACCGCUGGUUCACCAGGGAGGAACUCAUGCAGACCGCUCCUCAAGUUGUAGCCCAUUACGAGAGAUCUCUGCAUAAGGGAAAGCGCCCAAUGAUUGAAGAUUGAGCUUCUCAGAGGACUGUUGAAGCUAAGGAGGAGGGAAUGCGAGGCCAAUGCCUCCAUGAGCCCCUUUUUGCCCCAUUCUGAAGC